AUGGUCAUCAGCUUCGUAGACGCGCGUGUUCUUCAUGGUUUGGGCUUAUUUCCGAAUGGCUAUCUCAGUUCGGCGUCAACCUCUCCCCCAGACAGGCCUUUCCGAGUUCACCCUUCGGUCUCGCAGGCGGCGGCGGAGAACAGGCCGGUGGUUGCUCUGGAGAGCACUAUCAUCACCCACGGCAUGCCUUACCCACAUAACCUCAGGACAGCAAAGCAGGUGGAGGCUAUAGUGCGGGCGGAGGGAGCCACCCCAGCCACAGUCGGGGUGAUUCGGGGCAAGGUCCACGUGGGUCUCUCCCCGGAAGAGCUUGAAUAUCUGGCCCGCGGCGAGACGUCGCUCAAAGUUUCCCGCCGUGAUCUGCCCUACGUCAUCAGCAAGGGUCUCUCGGGGGGCACCACUGUCUCUGGCACCAUGAUAGCUGCACAUCGAGCUGGAAUCCCUGUAUUUGUCACGGGGGGCAUCGGGGGAGUGCACAGGGAUGGAGAGAAUAGUCUGGAUAUCAGUGCCGAUCUGACGGAGCUGGGCAGGACCCCCAUCGCUGUGGUCUCUGCCGGGAUCAAGUCCAUUCUGGACGUCGGCCGCACCCUUGAGUUCCUCGAGACCCAGGGUGUGUGUGUGGCCACCUAUGGUACAUCCAGAAGUUUCCCAGCAUUUUUCUCUCCACAGAGCGGAUUCACCUCCCCGUACUGCGUCAGCAAUCCUCGGGAGGCAGCAGAGCUCAUUGCGAGCACCCUGUCUUUGGGCCUCCAGAGCGGUCUUCUGCUGGCGGUGCCCAUCCCAGCAGACCAUGCACCGGCGGGUCAGCUGAUAGAGGAGGCCAUACAGACUGCUGUGGCGGAGGCCAGUGUUAAGGGCGUCAAAGGAAGAGACGUGACGCCUUUCAUUCUUGAAAAUGUCAACCGGCUAACUAAAGGAAAGUCCCUUCAGGCUAACAUAGCACUCGUUCAUAACAAUGCCAGGGUGGGUAGUCAGAUAGCCUGCGCACUGUCGGAGCGGAUGAAUGGCAGGAAACUGGGACAUAGUCGUCGGCAUGUUGGAACGCCCCCUUCAGACUCGGAGUCAAAUAUUGUGGUGAUAGGGGGAAUUAAUGUGGAUUUUAUCGCUGAAGGAAAAACGGAAAAGCUUAUUUUUGGACAGACUAACCCAGGAAGAGUCUAUCAGUCAUUUGGUGGCGUGGGACGAAAUGUUGCUGAUUCACUGAGUCGACUGGGCCAUAGACCCCUGUUUAUAUCUGCUGUCGGGGCUGACUCUCACAGUGAUGCGGUGCUGACCUACUGUAAACACAUGAACAUGAGCGGUGUUGCCACGCUGGAGGAGCACAGGACCGCGACUUACUGUGCGGUCAUCAGUGAGGGUGGGGAACUCGGUCUGGGACUGGGCGACAUGGACAUUCAUGAGCAAAUCACAGAACAGUAUGUGGCGCAAUUUGAGAAGCAGCUGUUGUCAGCCUCUCUCGUGUGUCUCGAUGGCAACCUCCCCCUGACUACCAUCGACUACCUUUGCUCUGUUGCAAAGAAGUGUGCGAUCAAUGUUUGGUACGAGCCGACCGAUUCCAACAAGGCCUGCAAGCCCUUCCUGUCAGAUUCCUGGAAGUCCCUGUCCUACACAUCCCCCAACCUGGCAGAGUUGUGCACCAUGAACAGGAUCUUGGGCCUGCCCACGCCUGAAGACCUGCCGAGCUCUCUUGAUGAGGUGCUGAGCUGUGCGCUGGCUCUCUCCCGCCCCCUGCUGAACAACCUGCACUGUGUGGUGGUGACACUGGGGGCAAAGGGAGUGCUAGUGUGCGGCGAGCAUGAGGCUGGAUCAGUCAAUCUGCAGCCAAAAAAACAGCGGAAGAGGGGUCGGCUGUGUGCACUCCACUACCCUGCUCUGACGGUCCCCAAAGAGAAGACGGCGAAUGUCUCAGGAGCGGGAGAUAGUCUUGCAGGUGGGAUCAUGGCCGGAAUCCUGGGCGGUCGAGACACUGACAGCUGUGUAUGGAUGGGGCUCCUGGCUGCACGGCUCUCGCUCGCAUCGCCACACCCUGUUGCCCCCAUUCUUACCAUGGACUCUGUGGACCCCAGUAAAAUCCCGACUCAAACCUGGCCUAAACCUGUCUUCAUGUGGAUGGAUUGAAAUUAGAAUUCAUUGUUAAUAUUUGUUGAAAAUACAAUUGGAAAUGUAUUUGAUUAUGCAUUGGCUCUUGGGGGGGGGGGGUCAGGAUUGUGCAUGUUCGGUUUUUAUAACGGCUGCUAGUGAAACCAGAAUAUUAAACAAUGAGGGAGUAAGGAAAUAAUGGACUAGAGUAUAACGAGUGUCAGUGCCAAGCUAAUUUUGUAGUUCUCACUCCUUAACCACAUGCCCUACUCCAUUAGGAAAUAAAAUGACAAGACAAUUUAGACUAGAAGUGAAUUCGCCUCCUAAUCCCUCCUUUCAGAACAUCAAUUAUAGAUGAUAUACUGUCUCUGUAAAGUAGGAAUAAAACACUUGCA